GAAGUCAGACGCUAGAGGUAAAAGCCAUAGAAGAAGAGCAAACAAGCGAGCAAAAACACCUUCAGAACUAUUUCAGAAGAGCUUCUCAUUUCGAGACAGCAAAACAACAGAUCGAGACCCACUGCAGGUCUGCUGAAUGACAAAAGAAACACGAGUCUUUACACGGAGAGAAGCUCAUUUAGCUGCAGUUGAAGCCAUUUCGUCAUGUGUGCCACAGAGUCCCAUCCUUCCCGCUGCCAGACCCUCCAAGCGGAGCCCCGAGAUGCCAACCCGGCGGCGGCGGGGCGCUUGGAGAGGCCCUGGGCCACCCCUCUGCGCCCGCGCACGCGCCGCCGCGUCCUCUACCCGCCGCUGGUGCGCCGGACCCUGCCCACGGAGCGGCCGGACCCGGCGCGGCGCUGGCUGCUGCUGCUGUCCGCCCUGCUCUUCCUGCAGAUCUACACGGAGGAGGUGCCCUGCUGCACCUGGGACCCCCUGCAGGGGGGGGACGUCGCCGCCGCCGCGGACCCCCAGCAGCGUCCCCUCCACCACCACCUGCAGGAGUGCGAGGCCCUGGCCCAGAGAGGGGACCUCCUGCAGCGGGGGCCCGCCGUGGGGGAGCUGGACUCGGAUCCGUGCUGUGAGCUCAGCGGAAGUCUGCCCACCCAGGCGGAGCGCGCCGGAGCCUGACUUUUCCUGACUGACUGACUGGAAGAGGCGAUUCACAGGCUUUCGGUAAUAGCGGGGCCUCUCUCUCUCUCUCUCCCUCUCCCUCUCCCUCUGUCUGUGUGUGUGCAUGUCUGUGUGUGUGUGUGUGUGUGUGGUGUGUGUAUGUGUGUGUGUGUGCUGCAGCCAGAUGAGGGGAGUAGAAGGGAGGGUAGAAAAAUUCCAGCUGUACACAGCUCCGGCUCGAGCCGCCUCGGCUGCAGUUUGCAGCGAGGCUCCCAGCCGCGGCCCGUAACCCGAUCCCCCCUUUGACGUCACAGGGCCGGUGGAAAGGGAAAGUGUUUGUGUCGGAGGGCUGGAAGGCGGGUUGUCAGACAGCCCCGUCUGCUGUCAUGACUCACAGAAAAAAGAAAACACUGGAGGAUCCCCCAGCGAACAAGGGGCGACGUGAGCACUCGGCUGACUCGGCAGUGCGCGUCAGUGUCUAACUAUAUGUCUCAGUCGCUCCAGAGCAUGCGUAAUGCGCAGAGGCUAUAUAGACAGUGCUUUUAAUGUCUAGCUUUGGUGAGCUGGCAAAUAAAGCAGAAGGGGGGAGACCCACACAGAUACCAUGAGUCAGUUUCCCGACUCUGGUGUGGAGGUUUCCCUCUGUAUUUGUUUUGUUUUUGUCUGUAAACAGUCUGUAAAAAAAGUGUAUUGUGUGUAUAUGUAUAUAAAAUGUAUAUAAAAACGAUUAAUGUCAACAAAGGUUAAUCAUUGACCAUGUUUUCCUUCUUGAGAAAAGAAUGAUUAAAUAAAAGUCUUCAUACUGUAACUUCA